AUGGGAUCAAAUUUAAGUUCAAAUGAGAGACCAGUAUCUCCAUUCAACUUGCUCACUGUAAAAAUACUAAGAGUGAGGAAUGUCCGGAAGGCAGAUUUGUUCACUCUCUCAGAUUGCUACGUGACACUGUGGCUGCCUACUGCCUCAACUGAGAAGGUUCGGACCAGAACCAUCAGGAACAGCAAAAACCCUGUCUGGAAUGAAGCUUUCUGCUACAAGAUCGACCGCCGAGUCAAGAAUGUGCUGGAGAUAAAGGUCUGUGAUGAAGACACGAUCACCAGGGAUGACGAACUCUGCACAGUUCUCUUCGACAUAGAUAAACUCACCGUAGGGCGUACUGUUCGAGUGAAGUUUCAACUGAAUCCGCAGAGACGUGAAGAGCUGGAGGUGGAGUUUACAUUGCAGAACACACUGGACUAUCCUGAUGGCAUCAUUACUAAUGGAGUACUAGUGGCACGCGAGGUUUCCUGUUUGGAGGUUAGAGUGGAUAUGGGGAAGCUGAAGCAGCAAUCCACAAGUCAGGAGCUUACAUUUACAGUGAAAGGAUCCCAUGAAGGAAGCCAGAAGAUUUUGCUGGACUCUGACCCCAGCCUUAGGAUCAUCAUGUUUCACUGCGUUAUAAAUGAGCAGACAAGGUUGGAUAUAAUACUACCAGAAGAGCUGGCAGAGAAAAAUGAAACAGUGAAAUCUGGGGUCCUUUCUUUCCCUCUGAAUUCACUCCCUUUGCAGAAGGAAAUAAUGGUCAAAGAGGAUCAUUCCUUCCACUUGUGCUUGACAGCAAGAAAAUGCACAGGUGACCUGGAUGUGCGGUUGGGGUUUAGCCUGUGCGUAGAAGAGCAGGACUUCCUGCGGAAAAGGAAGAAAUAUGUUGCUGCUGCUCUGAAGAAGAUUCUUCAUUUGGAGGAGGAUCUGAAAGAGCAUGAGGUGCCGGUGGUGGCCAUCACGACGACUGGUGGAGGGACGAGAUCGCUAACAGCCAUGUAUGGCAGCCUGCUGGGUCUCCAGAAACUCAAUCUGUUAGACUGCAUUUCCUACAUCGGGGGUUUAUCGGGUACCACAUGGACAAUGGCAAACUUAUAUGAAGAUGCUAAUUGGUCACAAAAAUAUCUGGAGGAUGCAAUCAAGGAAGCUCGCAAGCAAGUAACCAAAUCCAAGAUUUGCUGUUUUUCUUUGGAUUGUCUGAAGUACUAUUAUAAUGACCUGAUGGAGAGGAGUAAAGAAGGACAUAACACUUCUUUCAUAGACCUUUGGGGACUUGUCAUUGAAUCCAUGCUACAUGAUAAGAAAGAUGAGCAUAGACUCUCAGACCAACGGCAGGCAGUGGAUAACGGUCAGAACCCAUUGCCCAUCUAUGUGGCCAUCAACCUCAAGUCCAACUAUAGUGCUCAGGCCUUCAGAGAGUGGCUGGAGUUCACUCCUUAUGAAGUCGGUCUCCUGAAAUACGGAGCAUCUAUUUGUGCAGAACACUUUGGAAGUGAAUUCUUCAUGGGAAGGAUGGUGAAGAGACUCUCAGAGACUCGGAUCUGCUAUUUGCAAGGCAUGUGGAGUAGUAUAUUUUCCAUAGAUGUGAUGUAUGUCUGGAAUUUGGCUACUGAUUCAGAGGACUUCUGGUGUAGAUGGACCAGAGACAGAGUAAAAGAUAUUGAGGAAGAACCCUUUCUGUCCAUGAACCCCUAUGAGGUAGACACUUGUCUAUUCACUCCCUCGAGCAUCCUCUCCUCUGCUCUGCGAGAUGUCUUAACAGGACGCCCAACCAUUGCACAGUAUCCCAAUUUUAUCAGAGGCUUCCAGAUGCAUAACAAGUACCUGGAGAGUGAAGGAUUUUCUACCUGGAAAGACACAGUGAUAGACUCCUUCCCAAAUAAACUGAUGGAAACAGCAGAUGAUGAGCUCUCCCUGGUUGAUACUGGCUUUUUCAUCAAUACCAGCUACCCACCACUUCUGAGAUCAAAGAGAGAAGUGGAUGUCAUCCUGCAUUUAAAUUACAGUGGAGGGUCCCAGACACUGCCUCUGGAUCAGAUUGCAAAGUACAUCUCAGGCCAAGGAAUCCCAUUUCCCAGAAUUGAGAUAAGUGAUGAAGACAGGGAAAACUUGAAGGAGUGCUAUGUGUUUGAAGAUGCUGACAGUCCACAAGCUCCAACAGUGCUCUUUUUCCCCCUAGUAAAUGACACCUUCAAGAAAUUUAAAGCUCCUGGUGUGGAAAGGAGUCCUGAAGAAAUGGCUGAAGGCAAAGUUGAUGUCUCCAGCAUCUUCUCCCCAUUUACGACAAGGGAGGUGUGUUUCAGUGAAGAGAAUUUUGACAAACUGGUGAAACUGACUGAUUACAAUGUCCUGAAUAACGAGAAGUUGAUUAUUCGGGCCUUGCGCUUGGCAGUGGCACGAAGGAAGCAACGAAAUUCUUAG